AUGCCUCAUCGCUCGCGGGUCCCGGAUCCCGCGGCGGGAGCAGCCGUUUCACUUUCACAUGGAGAUGUGCUGACGUCGCUUCUCGAUCUGACGGCUGCGGUCGUCAUUGCCGCCAGAGGCGCUAAGAUUUUAUCUGCUAGCAUGGGAGCGUGUGAGCUACUGCAGCAGGAGCCGGGGUCGCUAGAGAACCGAUCCAUGCUGGAGCUGCUCCAUCUCAACGACCAACCGCUCUUCAUGGACACGCUGGUUAAGUGCGCGCGCUUAGCUCCCGCCAGCAGCACGGCGCCGUCCUUCCGCCCAUGCACUGCACACGUAGCCACAGGAACCAGCCAACCCACCUAUGGGGGCACGUUCCCUGACGCCCCUCAGUUCUCGCAGCAGCAGCAGACUUACGGGGGACGGCAGGCUAUUGGGUAUACACCGCCUUGGGCUACAAUACCCGCUACAACCCCCGCUACAACACCUGCUACAGGCCCCGCCUUAAACCCCUUCAACCCGCUGCACCAGGAACCUCACGAGGAGGGGGAUCCGCUAGAAGAUAGGCAUUUACUGGAUCAGCUACCAACGAGGAUAGAGGAGAUUAAAGCACGUUUGGAGAGUGGAGGGGGUUUGGAGGAAGAAGCGCCUAGAGUAGGAGCAGGGGAGAGGAGGCGGCAAGGGGAUUUGGGGAAGUGGCAUGGAGGGAUGGGAGGGCGAGGGAGUCUGGGGCAAAGGUGGGGUGAAGGGGCGAGUGCUGAGACGAAGAUAGGGCGGUUGUUGAGGCAGGAGAAGGGGGGGAGCGGAAAGUGGGAGGAGGAGAGGAGAGGGGGAAAGGAGGAGAGGAGCGAGGGAAAGGAGGAGAGGAGCGAGGGAAAGGAGGAGAGGAGAGGGGGGAGCAAGGGGAGUAAGGGAGACGUGGAGAAGAGCACGAGUGGGUGCAACAGCGCUGCUGCUGUUCGAGUGGGUGGUGGGGCUGUGGUAACUGACAGCGGGGCAGCUGGAAUUUGUGGCUUGAACGAUGGGAGCACUGAGAGGGAGGUGUUAUCUGGGGAAGAGCCAGCAACGGAAGGGAGAGGUAAAGGGAAGCAGGUGGGAGGGCAACAGAUAAUUUUGAUGGCUGACACCCACAUAGCUGAUGCUGAUGUUGCUGAUGGUGCUGAUGGUGGUGAUGGUGCUGAUGGUGCUGAUGGUGGUGAUGAUGGUGAUGCUGCAGGUGGUGAUGCUGCAGGUGGUAAUGUUUCUGCUGCACGAGUGAUGCAUGAGGUUAAGGGGGAGACAGGAGCUGAAUCGAGCGUCAAGGCUGGAAGAAUGGGGGCAGCUGCAGCUUCCUCUGCUGCCGCGGGUUCACACGCUAAGUCCGCUGCUGCUGCUGCUGCUGCUUCUGCCGCUGCUGCUGCUGCUGCUGCUGGUGGUGCUGCUACUUGUUCCGCGUCUGGUUCUGCUUCUGCGGCUUGUUUCAGAGCAGAUGCGGGAGUGGGAGAGGUGGCUGUGACGAGGGGAGGUGAGGAGUCGGGUCUUUGGACCGAUUUCCUCAAGAAAGGGUUGACUCGGCUGUUGGAAGCCCCGAACGCGCCCAGUGAUGAUGAUGACGAUGAUGGUUAUGAUCGUGACGUGGAGGAGAAAGAGGAGGAGGGCGGAAAGGACGAGGAGACGGGGGAGAGAGGGAACAUGGUUGGGAGGACAAAAGGUGUGGCGGAGAGAGCAGGGGGCGUGGUGGAUCUGCCGAGUAUAGGCAAGGGGAGGGAGAGCGGGGAGGCAAGAGUGAAGGGGGAGGGGGAAGCUGCUGGAAAGGCAGGUGAGGAGGAGGAGGUGGAGGAAAUUGUGAGGGUCAAACCGGGUGGGAUGGGGAUGGGAAUGGGAAUGGGGAUUGGGACGGGGAUGGGGGUGGAUGCAGCAGCAGCAGGGAGAGGGGAGGAUGGACAAGGAGGGGAUUUUUUGCCACCAGGGGUGCAAGCUGCUGCUGCUGCGGCAGCAGGGGGAGGGGUGGCGGAUUCAGAUAGCCUAAGCAAGUACUUUUCUGCAUCGGACCCCAUAUUCGUUUGUAAGAACCUCACUAUAGUCGACUGCAACGACAGCGCCGCCCGAAUCCUCCGCGUCGCCCACAACGAGCGCAGCACCCGAAUCUUCGGCCAAUCACCAGUCGUCUUCUCGCCGCCAGUGCAACCCGAGGGAAUCCUCUCAGCAGUAGCAAGCGAGCAGCGCUGGCUGGACAUCGCCACGAGCAACGGCCGCCCGUGCCGGUUCCCCUGGGUGCACAUGUCGAUCGACGGUCAGAUGUUUCUCGUGGAGGUGAUGGCGAUGGUGCUCGUGAACGGCCCAGAUACGUUCCACAUCACCAUGUGGAAGCAGUUCCUCAACUCCUCGUCUCUUUCCCGGGAAUUGAGGCUCGCCGCCCGCGCGAAACGGGCAGCCGAGAGGUCGCGGGUUCAAUUCCUGGCGAACAUGAGUCAUGAGCUGAGAACCCCGAUUAAUGGCGUGUUGGGGUAUGCGCAGCUGAUGAUGCAGACCCAGCUGGAUCCGGAGCAGCAGUCGUACCUGCAGAGUAUAUACGAGUCUGGCGAAGUGCUGCUGGGGACUGUCUCUCAGGUGUUGGAAAUGAGUCAGCUGCAGAAGCGAAAGGUGGUGCCAAGGCGCGUGCGGUUUGACCUUCACAGGGCCAUUGGGGAGGCGGCAGGCAGCAUGCGACCUCUGGCGCACAGGAAGGGCCUGCAGUUCGGGAUAAGCAUGGACAGGGCAGUGCCGCACGCAGUGCUGGGGGACCCAUCCAUGCUGCGCCAGCUGCUGCUGCACCUGCUCUCCAACGCCCUCAAGUUCACCCACCAGGGUACCGUGCAGCUCACCAUGCGCGCGCCUCAAAAAAAGCUGAUUCUCCUGCUUCUUCCCUCUUCUCACAUGCCCCCCCCCCCACCACCCCCUCUUCACCAGUUCGGGAUAAGCAUGGACAGGGCAGUGCCCCAUACGGUGCUGGGAGACCCAUCCAUGCUGCGGCAGCUGCUGCUGCACCUGCUUUCCAACGCCCUCAAGUUCACCCACCAGGGCACCGUGCAACUCACUGUGCGUGUGCUGCCCCCUCCUGGUGCUGGUGAUGGUGCUGCCACUGCUGCUGGGGGAGGGGGGACGGGAGGAGGGAAGCAGAAGGGUGCGGGUCGGAGGGUGUCGCAGGUGAGGUUGGGCAAAGCAGGGGAAGGGCGGCAAGGCGGCUUGUUGGGGAGAGAGCAGCAAGAGCAGGAGCGUCAACAGGAGCAUCAGCAGGCGGAGGCGGGGGAGGGCUGUUCUGCUGCUGGCUCUCAGGGUGUGUGGGGGAGGAGUGAAGGGGGAGGAACAAGUGGAAGGGAGAGUGGGACUGUUGGGGCAGGUCGAUUAAUGACUGUUUCAGAAGCCGAGUUGUUGCCAGAGGCUGCUGAGAGGGAGAGGAAGGAGAGGGAGAGGAAAGUGAGGGAGAGGGAGGAGAGGGAGAGGGAGGAGAGGGAGAGGGCGGAAAGGGAGGGGAAAGCGCGGGAGGGGGACGAAAACGAGGGGGAAGAAACCGAGAGGGAAGAGAGGGAGAAAGACGGAUCUGAGAGAAAGACAGACUCUGAGUUCAAGGGAUCGAAACAGAUCACAAGGCUUUCUUUUGAGGUGGUGGAUACAGGAGUGGGAGUGCCUCCCAAUAUGCUGCAUCAAAUCUUCAAGCCCUUCGUGCAAGUGGACGACUCCGCCGCCCGGGAGUACCAGGGCCUUGGGCUGGGAUUGGCUAUCGCGCAGUCGCUUGUGCGGCUUCUGGGCGGCGAGGGGAUACAUAUUGAGAGCGAGCCGGAUAAGGGGUCGUGUUUUGCGUUUACCCUUCCUUUUGAGUCUGAUAGGGUGGGGUUUGGUGGGUUCCUAGCAGAAGGGAGCGAGCGUGGGGAGAGUAGUAGGGCAGGAAAAAAGGGAGAGGAUGCGUGGAAGGGUGGUGCAGGGGGUGUGAAGCGGAAGAGAGCAGAGGAGGGUGGUGGUGAUGAGGAGAUGGGGAUGGGGCAGGGUCGUCAGGGGGAGGGGGUAGGGGGUGGGAUGUGGGGGGAGGUGCAGGGGGGGCGUUGGGGGGAGGAGCAGGUGGGGGAGUGGGGGGACGAGGGAAGUGAUGAGAUGGAGGAGGAGAGAGGGAAGGAGAGAGGGGAGGGGAGGGGGGAGAGCAGAGAUGUGUUGGCACGGAGGGAGGAGGCGAGGAGAAGGAAAUGGAGGGUGCAGCACGACAGGGGAUUCUUCAGUGGGGCAAGGCGUGCGAAUAAGCAUGACCAGUGGGGCCUUCUUGCUGGCUCUAGUCCUGCUUUUGAAGCCCAACAGAAGCAUGACCAGGGGUUUUCCAGUGGGGCUGGGCUGAGAGGGGAAGGGCGCUUUGCUGAAUCAAAUCCCUUGGGUGCCGCACUAAUCCGAACCACCAGCCCUGUCAGAGCUGCUCUGCUCCAGUCUGAAAUCCCUAUGGGCGCUUCUAUAGGCGCUCCUAUAGGUGCUCCUAGGGAUGAUCCUAAGGGUGCUUCCCUGGGUGCUUCCCUGGGCGGUUCUCUGCGGGAUUCUGCCAGUGAGCCCCUCUCACGCGCCCCUCAAGUGCAAGCCCAGGGAGAUGGGCUGUUCACAGGUGCACCUGUGAGCGCUGAUGUCCCUCAGGGGGGCCGCACACCAGAGGGGUGUGAGGCUGCUGCCGAGAUGCUGCCCGUGCGUCGGCCAGGCUCGGGUUUAAGCGCAGCCUUAGGUUCAGAUUUAGGCUCGGGAAGCUUGGGGUUGGGUUCGGGGUUAGGCUCUGGUUCAGGUUCAAGUUUAGGCCGGUCAGGAUUAGGCCUAGGUUUGGGUUCGGGCUUAGGGUCAGGCUUGGGUUCAGGCCUGGGAUCAGGCAUGGGGUCUGGCUUGCAGUCAGGCUUGGGUUCAGGCUUGGGGUCAGGCUUGGGGUCAGGCUUGGGGUCAGGCUUGGGGUCAGGGACGCUUAUGGAGCCUUCACAGCAGAUAUUGCCACUGCAGCCUGACUUGGUGAACCGCAGCGUGCUGCAGCGGCUGCUGCGGUCGCUAGGAGCAGAGCAGCUCGUGCUGGCACGGAACGGUGCAGAGGCUGUCGCGGUGUGUGAGAAGGAUGGAGAGGGGUUGGAUGUGGUGUUUAUGGACCUUCAUAUGCCGGUGAUGGAUGGGUUUGAGGCGUCGGCACGGAUUCUCGGGCUUUGGAGGAGUCGGUAUGGGUCGGAUGCGGUGCCGCGAACCAGUAGCAUGUCGCAGCAACAGCAGCAGCAGCCAGUUCAAGUAGUUCAGCCCUUGCAGCCCCAGCAGCAGCAGCAGCAGCAGCAGCAGCAGGUGCAGCAGCAGCAGCAAGAAUAUUCAUUCCGGUACAGACCGCUGCUUGUUGCAAUCACGGCAAGUGCAUUGGAGGAGGAAGAGGAGAAGUGUAGGAAGGUGGGGAUGGAUUUCUUUCUCACUAAACCAGUAAGGUUAGCUUCUCUAAGAAGUCUUCUCGACCAGGUGAAUGCUGGCAAAUAA